UUUAUCAUUCAACCAAUCCAUAAAAACAAUUUUGAGCAUUUUCUUGAGUGCUCAAAGGCAAUGGCUAGUGCCCUUCUCUUCGCCCUCCUCUCGGCCGCACUCCUCGCCUCGACGGCGAUGACGCGCGUCGAAGCCCGGGCCUUCUUCGUGUUCGGAGACUCGCUCGUGGACGCCGGCAACAACAACUACCUCGCGACGACCGCCCGCGCCGACGCCCCACCCUACGGCAUCGACUACCCCGGCCGCCGCGCCACCGGCCGGUUCUCCAACGGCUUCAACAUCCCCGAUCUCAUCAGUCAGAGCAUUGGUCAAAGUGAAUCACCUCUACCCUACUUGAGUCCAUCAAUGAGUGGAUCAAAAUUGCUAAUUGGAGCAAAUUUUGCUUCUGCUGGAGUUGGAAUUCUCAAUGACACUGGAGUUCAGUUUGUGAAUAUAAUUAGAAUUGGGCAACAAUUGCAAUAUUUCCAACAAUAUCAAUCAAGAGUGAGUCAAAUAAUUGGACCAGCUGAGGCUCAGAGACUAGUAAAUCAAGCUUUGGUUCUAAUCACUUUGGGGGGAAAUGAUUUUGUUAACAACUAUUAUUUGGUACCAUAUUCCGCCCGGUCGCGCCAAUAUACUCUUCAGAACUAUGUUCCCUUCAUUAUCUCCGAGUAUCGCAAGGUUCUUAAGAGACUUCACGGCCUAGGCGCCCGUAAGGUCCUAGUGACCGGGACCGGUCCACUCGGGUGUGUCCCGGCCGAGCUAGCCCAGCAUAGCCGAAACGGCGAGUGCUCGGCCGAACUCCAACGCGCCGCCGGCCUCUUCAACCCACAGCUCACCCAAAUGCUCCUCUCCCUCAACUCUGAGCUCGGUGGCGACAUCUUCGUCGCCGCCAACACACAACUCACUCACUACGACUUCAUCAACAACCCCCAAGCAUUCGGGUUUGUGACAUCGAAGGUCGCGUGCUGCGGUCAGGGACGGUACAACGGGAUAGGACUAUGCACGCCGCUCUCCAACCUGUGCCCUAACAGAGAUGUGUACGCAUUUUGGGACCCAUUCCAUCCCUCUGAGAGAGCAAAUAGAAUCAUUGUGCAGCAAAUCUUGACUGGAGACUUGAGCUACAUGAAUCCCAUGAAUCUCAGCACCAUCUUAGCUAUGGAUUCUCAGACAUGAUGACCUCAUUAAAUGUUUUAGUUUGCAAUUGGUGUCUUUUUUUUUGCCUUGUGUUUCAAUUUGUUUUUGCUCUAUUUGAAGCUAGCUUGUCUUUCUUAUGCAAAAGUAAUUGUUAAGAGGAGAACUAUUGUUUUUUCUAUUUUUUUAAUUAGGUUUGAGUGAGGAAUUUAAUGAAUUGUGAUAUUAUCUUGUGGUAAUAUUUAUGUUCA